AUGAAAAGCUUCAAUUUCAUCCUAACCACAGGCUUACUGCUCUUCAGGAGAUGUCUGGUUUAUGCAGAGCCUUUCAAUUUUCCUCUCCCCAAUGGCUUUCCGUUCCCUGACGAGUCAGCUCUGGAGCAGCUAUUUACCACUGCGGGGGGCAACUUUACCAACAUGCCUCUAGCGACAAAAUUCGAUGCUGACUCAUUGACAAGCUGGAAACUACAAGCAUUCAAUGAGUUUAUGGAGGUAGCAUUCUUCACUCAGCUUAUUUCCAACAUUACCAACCAUGUACCCGGGUAUGAGCUUGAUGUAGAGAACCAAAGCUACAUAUUGGACACUUUGAACACAAUCCAAGCUCAAGAAGAGAUGCAUGCAUACAACGCGAAUGACGCGGUCAGGAACUUUGCAAAUGGUUCUCAUAUCUUUCCUUGUACUUACGUAUUUCCCGUCUCAGACUUCUCUUCCGCUAUUGCUUUCGCAGAGACGUUCACGGACUUGUACAUAGGCCUCUUGACAGAUAUUCAGAUGCGUACGGCAAGAAGCCUGGGUACUGACUCCUAUCCUAUCGUUUACGUGCUCGCGCAGGCCUUAGGCCAGGAAGGCCAACAGUCCGGUUGGUUCCGCUCCUUGCAGGGAAAACAUCCUAGUUCUCAGCCAUUCUUGACUUCGUCGACACGAGAGCUCGUGUUCAGCUGGCUGCAGCGAGUCAUCGUUCCAGGGAGCUGUCCAAACAUGGAAGAUAUCCCGCUUCAAAUAUAUCCUACUCUUGAUGUGAAAGAUAAAGUUGUCGGUACAGGGCCGGUGACACUAUUGGUCCCAGGUGUAGUCGAUCCCGCAUCUCAGAGGGUAGUGUUUAUCAAUGGAGCGCUGGUACCUACGGUAGUUCCCUUCAACGUCACGAGCAUUUCGGAAUGCGGUAUGAUAAAGGGUUAUUCGACGGAUGCGCGUGGGUGUGAUAAAGAUGUGAUAACAAGUAUCGUCGCCGAGUUUCCAUACGCACACAAUGUAAUGCACGGAAUGACUAUCGCAACGAUUGUGAAGGAGGAACUGGCAUUUGUUAACGCCGAGGGUGUUACAAAUGCUACUAUUUAUGGGCCGGCAAUUAUACAAGUUAAUUGA